CCUUUGUUGGGCAUAGUAGUAUAUAUUCAGACUAUUAGCCUAUAACUGUAACAGCAGGAGAAGAUUACUUGGACCAGUGCUCAGUAAAAAAGGAGCCUGCUUCAGUCAGUUGAGUUUGGAUCAGGUGGGGUUCUGGAGCUGCAAUGCUUUCGAAAGUCCAGCCCUGUUUCCAGCUGCUGCGGAUAGGCUCCUCCUCCUCCUCCACGGACGCGGCGCGGGACCUGUACACGUUCCGGCCGGCGCUGUCCCGCUCGGUCUUCCGCCUGGGCCGCACGGCGGAGCUGUGUGACGUGGUGCUGCAGUCCACCUCCAUCUCCAGGAUCCACGCUGAGCUCCACGCUGAGAGGGAGGAGGAGGAGGAGGAGGAGGAGGAGGAGGCUGGGGAGGCCAAGGAGGAGGGGUGGAGGGUUCUCAUUAAGGACCGCAGCAGCCAUGGCACGUGGGUGAAUGAAAUCCGCCUACAGCCAGGUGUGCAGUGGGAGCUCUCGGAUGGAGACACACUCACUUUCGGUGGGCAGUCAGAUGGCGGAAAUCCAGAGUUUUACUUCCUCUUCCAAAAGGUUCUGGUUCGACCCUCUGACUUCGAUGCCAUCACUGUCCCGAAGGCUGGCUCGUUCUCCUCUGAUCUUCAGAACCGAAUCCGCACCAGCCAGGACCCCAAAACGGAACCAAAUUUAGACCUCUCCCCUCUGUCUAUAAACAAGGCCACUGUCAUUUUGAACUCCAUUGGAAGCUUGAGCAAAAUGAACGGGAGAUGUUGGGCAUUCAAGAGGACGGACAAGAACAACGCACACCAAAAUUCUGCCUCUUCUCUGACCUUCCGAUCCAUAGUCCCUCCCUCUACUCCCCCCUCCUUUCCCUCCGCCACCUCGGUCUCCUCAUCCAUGUCCGUGCCCCCUUCGUCCAAAAGCAGGCGAAAGUCGGCUCACACCGUCUUACUGGAGGAUGACAGCUCGGAUGAAACGCACAAAAACGGAGAGGCGGAGGACCGCCGGAGGAAGAAGGGGAGGAAGCGGAGGCGCCUCUGCAAGUCGGAGUCGGAGGUCUUCCGCCCGUGCGGGCCCAAAAUGGAGCCGGCUGCCAGCAAGCCGGCUGUGUGCAAGCAGUUUGAGCUGAAACCCCCGCUGAACCGCGGCGCUCAGUGCGCCACCAUACGGGUGAACCCCAAACCCGGACACCUGUUCUCAGUCUCGGGCCAGAGGCAGGGCUUCAGGUGGAACCUGAAAAUGGGCUCUGACGUCAGGGCCCCCCAGCUCCCGCCCAGGAAAGCGCUCCCCCUGUCCUCCCGAGGGAGGAGGAGGGCACACAGCUCCCCCGUUUACUCCUCCAUGGUGGUGGGUGGAGAGAACUACACCCUGGUCUCGCCGUCCCUGAGACUCUACGAGGGAGACGGUGACCGAGAGAGAGGGGAAUUCACUCGAUUACGCAUCAACAGCGGAAAACGCCGGGGCAGGCCAAGGAAGCACCCGCUCCCUCAACCGCGCCCGUGCUCUCCUUCGUCAUCCUCGUCUUCCUCCUCCUCCUCCUCCUCGUCCUCGUCCUCUUCCUCGUCCUCGUCUUCCUCCUCCGAGGAUGAACGGGUGCGCGGGGAGGAGCCCUGCGCCUCGGCCUACUGCCGGCUCCCCCAGCAGGACACGGUCCAGUGGAUCCAGUGCGAUGACUGCGACGCCUGGUACCACGUGGACUGCAUUCGCGGCUCCCGCGCGCUCGACACCAGCGCGGACUUCCACUGCGGCUGCCGGUGAGAGGCCCCCGCGCGCGGGUCGGACAUUCCUCAUCAUCAUCAUCAUCAUCAUCAUACCGCCGUCUGCAUACAGCCCAGUGCUGUUCGCCCAGUCCAUGCCAACCGGAAUUAGGCCCAUUGGCCAUUCUGACUAUGUGCUUUUGCAACUGUUUCUUUCCAAUCCUUGAUGGGACAUUGCCUGUGUGAUUUCUCGGGCCUGAGCCCAAUCUGUGUCCUGUGCUUGAAACUGAUGCGAGAUUGUUGCCUCUGACAGAUUGCCACUCUAGCUGCCAAGCGAGAGAGGGAGCAAGUGCCAUUUCUGCCGUUUCAUUUGGGGGGUUCAGUCCUAAGCUGAUGGUGAUGUCGGCUUUGGCAGUCUGAGCACAAGGACGUGGAACCAUUUCAGCAAGGCAGGGCUGUUAGACUGCAUGUUGCUGUGCCUACCACCCAGGAAAUAUUACAUCUCUGAAAACACCGUACAAAGCAGUACUUUGUCUGCCCUUUUAAAAAUGUGUUUAAUGGUGUUGAUUAUCUAAUGCUAAGACUAUUAUGACCAAAAAUGUAAUACAUUUGGGCAAUAAUCAGUUGUGGAAAAUCAGAAAACAGUAUUCCUCCCCAGUAUUUUGUUCCCAUCACCUGGAUUUGCUCUUUAGCCCAAUUCUUCAGCCAAGACGUAGAAUGAAUUUGCGAAAUCAGCUGGCUGAGUUCAUGGGUGGAGAAAAAAAAAACAUGACAGGGCAUCUUUUUUCUGACCCAAGGACUUUCCACACCUCGCAAUAAUUAGUCCUCCAAAUGCAGUAGAAAGUCCGUUCUGGCUGAAGUGUAAUACUGAUCACCAGCAACUGAUCUGGGAUUGGCUUAAUUGGAACCAGAGAUCUCAUCGGAACCCUAUCCAUUUUGUGGAGAAGCCGGAUCCUGAUCUGGCAUCAGUGUAGAAUCUGUCUACACCUUUGUAACUGAAGAGAAUAUCAUGGGUAGUAGAAGACAUUUGAUUUCCAGCACAGGCAAUAAUCUUUGGGCAAUAUGGGUUGAUUUACUUGGUGGUUUACGAAAAAAAAAAAAAAAAAGAGACUUCUUAUGAAAACAUUUUUACAGAGGGAUUUGGUGAAGCAAGAUUUUUUAUUAACUCUACUUCAAAUUACCUGUGAUCUCCCUUUCUAAUUCUGUAUUUAAUAUAUAUCCAUGUCCAACGAGCAUAUCAAUAGAUGUUAGUCAGUAUACAGUCCCCUCCAAAAGUAUUGUAACAGCAAGUCCAAUUCCUUUGUUUUUGCAAUACACUGAAUACAUUCGGGGUUGGGAUAAAAAGAUGAAGACGUGACAAGAGUUCAGAAUUUCAUAUUUUAUUUCCUGGUAUUUACACCUAGGUGUGUUAAACUACUUAGAACAUAGCACCCUUGGUAUCAGACCACCCAAUUUUUAGGUGAGCAAAAGUAUUUGAACUUAAGUUAAUGAAAGCAAAUAGCACUUAUUAUUUGGUAGCAUAUACAUUGCUUGCAAUAACUACAUGAAGCCUGCGAUCCAUUGACAUCACCAAACUGUUGUAUUCUUCUUUUGUGAUGUUUUUUCUUUUAAUUCUCAAUUGAGUCCUUUGUUGUGUUGGCAGUGUGUUUUCGGUCAUUGUCUUGCUGCAUGAUGAAGUUCCUCGCUAUUAGUUUGGACACAUUUCUCCAUAAGUUGGCAGGCAGAACAUUUUUGUAGACUUCUGAAUUCAUCCUCCUGGUACCGUCAUGAGUUACGUCAUCAAUAAAGAUUAGUGAGCCCACUCCAGAAGCAGCCAUGCAAGCCCAAAUCAUGACACUUCCUCCACCAUUCUUCGCAGAUGAGCUUGUAUGUUUUGGAUCAUGAGCAGAUCCCGUCUUUCUCCACAUUUUGGCAUUUUCAUCACUUAGAGGUUAAUCUUGGUCUCAUCGGUCCAUAAAAGUUUCAUCCAGAACUUUGGCUCAUCUCUGUACUACAAAUUUUUACUACUGAUAAGUGGUUUACAUCUUGUGGUAUAGCCUCUAUAUUGCUGCUCUCAAAAAGUCAUCUUUGAAGGGUUGAUUGAGAUACCUUCUCCCCUGCCCUGUGGAGAUUGUUUGUGAUGUCACAACAAUCGGGUUUUUUUAACAGCUCUCGCAAUGUUUCUGUCAUCAGCUGCUGUUGUUUUCCUUGGUCGACCUGCUCAAUGUCGGUUUCUUUUUCAGGACAUUCCAAGUUGUUGUACUAGCUAUCCCCAAUGCUUGUGCAAUGGCUCUAUUUCCCCUCUUCAAAAUUGUUUUUUUCUCUUCCAAAGACAGUUCUCUGGUCUUCAUCGUGGUUUAUCUUUUACAAACAAAACCUAAAACCAGGCUGGUUUUUAUUGUUUAACCAAUCAAACAGGACACAUCUGGGCAACAAGAAACACCUGUCAGUCACAUGUUCCAAUACUUUUGCUCACCUAAAAAUUGGGUGCUCUGAUACAAAAGCUCAUGUUUUAAGUUGGUUGAUAAAUCUAUAUAAAAAUACCAGGAAAUAAAAGCUGACAUUUGGAUCUGCCGUCUCAUAUACAUUCUCAACUCACCUCAACUCAACUCAAUUGUCUUCAGUGUAGGGUAAAAACAAAGGAAUUGACUUUGCUGUUUCAAUAAUUUUGGAGGGGACUGUAUAUGAAUUUGAAUAUGUGUGUUCACUUCGAUUUGAGGGGUCUGCCAACAAGAGUGUAAUCUGCUCAUACUGUUUUGGCUAUCAUGGAAAAAUAAACAUUUAAAGACA